ACGAUUUGGACGGUGCAUCUACAACUGAACUGCGCAAACACCGCCAAAGACACCACCUGGACCCGGCUAUCCAUAUCUUGCCUCUCGAUCAAACCAAGUGAAGAAUCUCAGCUCUUUCACCCCCAAGAUCAUCCCGCUGGCCCUCUGGCAAUUCCGCUAUCCGACUUGCCGACUUCAAGUCCGCCUCUCGUACCGUCGCUACCACCAAAGCACCAAAGCUCUCAGCCUCCAGCUAUCCCUCGAGUCCAAACCCGCGGUUGUUCCUUAUUCUGCUUCGAAACUCAUAUCGUCCUAUGGUCACCUACUACAUCUGUGAUUCAUAAUGAGCGGACGCAGGCGAAGGGCGUCGACGUCGAGCGUCGAAACCAUAGAUGGAGACAAGAUCCGCUGGUUGCAGGAGUCUUCCGUUGUCAGAUCACAGCCCAAGGACGUCUCCAAGGAUGAUUAUCCUUGCUUCGAGCUGCGCGAUGCCACCGUCUACGAUAGAAAGGGAGAGGCUCUCGAGAACGCACUCAAUGUCGUCGUGCGAGGCCCAUACGUCGUGCGAGGCCAUCUCAUCAUAGACGAUCCCUCUCAAAAGACACACCUAAUCAUGAGGGUCCGAGCAUCUACACCCAUAGAAAUCCGCCAUUGUAUCGCAUAUUCGAUCGGAGAGGACGAUGGGCGCCCUGUUGUGUGGGUUCUGGGUCGAGGCGGCUGGUACGAGAUCAACCCUUCAGACGCAUACCGACCGAUAUUCAAUAAGAUGUGCGAGGCCACGACCAUGUACUACAGUUUGGUGGACAUAUACAGCUCUGGCAAAUUUAGCAAGACACCCACCGCACCGGGUGCCAACCUCCUGGAGGCUCUCCGCACUGAUUUGUUGCAGUAUGCCAUGAAAGUAGGCGAUGGAGCAACGUUCAACGAGGUUAUACAGCGGUGUGCUGAGCACGCCAUCUUCUUCGUCUGCCAAUUUGGACAGGAGUCUCUCAGCCUUAUAGACUGGAAGCAAACCCCAUUCCAUAAAUGGUUCACGGUUGAGCACGCCGACGUGGUGCAUAAAACAGAGUUGGCGCUCAAAAACCCACGAAAACCAAGCAGUCCGGCGCGUGAGAUAGUGAGUCCGGCGCCGAGUAACAGGUCCUCCAAUCGCAUUACUAGGAGUCUAAGCACGGAGGUUGUUGAUCCCGAUCAAAUCCAGCUAUCGAAACGGCCGAAACCAAGUCCUCUUGCAGAUGUGGCCAGCCCUAGUGCUGCUGCUCAGAGACCAGCAAUGCCUACGCAAUCUGCUGACGGUGCAAUGAGCACUGCAGCAGAUGAUGACUCUCCGUUGGCCUCCGUCCUCGCUGCAUUAGAAGCGUUAUAUGCCGAAAAGGGGGGUUCUAAAAAGGGUCUCACUGCGACGAAUUCUCUCAAUUUUAUCUAUUUCAACUACAGAAUCCCCAACUACAAAGACGGCUCUGUAGGAGCCCAUCGCAUUCCCGCCGAAGAAGUCUUGCAUUAUAAUGCUGCCGCCUUAUUGCAGGUACUUGACAAGGGGAGGUUCCAGAAGCACGAGCUCUGGUCUUUUCUCGAGGAGUUGUCAACAAAGCCAUUUUCUACCCGCGCCAUAAAAGCAUCGGAAUUUCCUUUUCGACUGAUACCGCGCAAAGCCAUGCCGCGUCAAUCCAAGAAGCCAGCGCCAACUGCUGUUGACCCAGAAUCAUCCUCACAUGAAGCUGGUGCAGCAAGUCCCAACGAUCCUCCUCGGCAUAUCGGCAAAUCAUUGAAACGACCUGGCCGGAGACCGAUCAAAACAUCAGGCCUACGAACAGGAACUGCCUCCAAGAAAAGAACUCACGCCGAGAUUGGAGAUGAGAGUGAGCCGGACUCCGAAGCCUCAGGCAUCAAACGGUCACACUAUUUCUCGGAUAAGGACGAGGAGGAGGAAGAGGGGGACACUUCUAUGCAAGACUUGACCGAAUUGAACACCCCUAGAAAAGCUGGUCCGUCUGUUCAGUCGCAAUCAGACGACGUAGAGCCGAUCCAGAUUGUAAUUCGCACAGAGAAGAUACCUUCCACCGUCCCCAAAGGCCCCGAUGAUACUUGGACGUGCGAAGAAGAUGGCUGCGCUUAUGUUGUGCGAGGUGGUGACGCGCAAGGGUGUCAAACUCGGAUUCAAAAGCACUUUGAAGAACACCAGGAGCAGAACAAAAGACUCAACCUCGCAGUCACAGAAAGCAGCCGUGGCCACAUGCCGAUUAAUCAUCUACUCGAGAAGCUCAAGCGAAUGGGCGAAAAAGCCCAGCCGAACCAGUCGCCGGAUGGAACACUUCCGCAGCCGAUCAAGAGGAAACUGAUAGUGUGACGCUGCAGCUCGAGGACGACGAUUGAAUUUUUCUGAUUCAGCUGCUCGUGGACGGUAAAAACUCACGUGAAUGGCUGACUUUUGUCUUUUUUGCCCAUUGCUCUUCUUUUGCUCUUUGUCUUUAUCUAUUCGCAUUUUUAGAUGUAAUGGCAUGCGGUCGGGAUGGUGGUUUCGGGAUAAAGGGAUAUCGGGAUGGGGGCAUUAACAAAGCGGAGUUUACGGUUGAGAAAUGAAACGACUUUUGCGAUUUGUAUUUGACGAGUGCAUGAUGAUUUACACGCCUGCUGUUUUGUCUCUGGUAGAUAGCUUUGGAAGGAAUGGAAAUAUUUUGGGAUAGGAUAGCCAUCAGGCAGCCUGAUAGGGAAUGGAAAUUCACAUAAUAGCAUUCAUGAGAAGAGGCAUUCUAUCAAGUAUGAAGUAAGC